AUGGCGCCUGCUACAAAGUCGAAAAAGCCAGUGGCAGCAGCGGCAGCAGCAACAGAAUCGAUCAUCAGCAGCCAGAGCGCGCACGGCGAAUCUGACGUUGAAACGCCUCAAUCGCAGUCACAGCAGAUUGAUACCGAAAUGUUGAAGCUCGCCAUCAAGAAGUCCAAAGAGCAGUCCACAACGCUCAAAGCCAAGCGCGAAAAAGAAAUCGAGCGCAAACACAAACAGCGUCUCAGCAAGCUCCAGAAGAAAAUCGACGAAGCCCACAAACAGCAACAAGACACAGCAGCGGUAACUAAACGUGUUCCAACCACAGAACAACCAGACGCGAAAUCCACCAACCCAAACUCCACCGUCUCAAGACCCUUCUCGCCCGAAGACGAGACCUCCAAAACCAAUGGAUACGGUCGUUCGAUACCCUCGGACUCGCUUGGAAAGCUACGAUCGAACAAGUCGAACAAACGGUCAAGGAUCACAAGGCAGGAUACGAGAAAACUUUUGGGUCGCAUUUGA